AUGCCUCGACCAGCGGCGAAACGAGCUCGGGUCGCGCGCAACGAUCCUCCUGCUGCUGCACAGCCUGCCAAAACGAAUGCGACGAGAGGUAGGCCGCGAAAGGUGCCCACCGGACAGUCCAAAGGUUCUGUGGCAAAAGUAAAGCCCACAUCAACGUUCAAAUUUGAUACAAGCAAUGACGCUAGUCACUCAGAGACAGAGGGGCAAAGUGAUGGAGUACAGGAUCAGAGCUCAGGGAUGACCCGGAAAGACCGCGAACGAGAGAUGGCUGGCAGUCAAACUCCUGUCCGAGACCGCCAGCAGGUAAACGCGCCUUUAUCUAGUGGUGUUGGGAUGGGGGCAUCUUUGCGACUGCAGGCAUUCCCAGGUAGUGCGAGGCGGGAGAUGAACCAUAGAGGACACACACCUGCUUUUGAGAGCUCGAUAUUGAGUACAUUUCGCCCGCGUCCGAGGCAGCCGAGUAUUUUACAACUAGUGGGAGAUGACUCCUUGGACCUUGGAUCGUCAGAGCUGGGCUCUGAAGACCUUCUCGGUAGCUUUGAUCCAGAGGACGUAUCUACACCACUCCCAGCGUCGAGGAGGAAAUCGCUGAAGCAGGCUGAUAUCACACCCACGGCAAAUAAGAAGACACCCAAACUACCGCAGGUUUUCGUUGAAAUUCCUUUAAGGCAUGAUAUUAUUGCUGAUAAUAGAAUACCAGAUGAGCCAUCCCUUCUUGAUGAAGCUCCAGAUGAACCACCUGUUGUUGUAGAAGUGCCAGAAGACCCUGUCAUUAUUGAUGAACCGGCAGAAGAGCCUGCCGUUAUCGACCAACAGACAGACGAACGGCAUGUUCUUCCUGAAACCCAACAGGUCAAUCCUGUUGUUGACGAGGAUGAUGAUGACUGUUCGUCUCUUACGUCUAUCGACUCUCUACCGGCUAUGAAUUUUACGCUUGAGCAGGUGCAGGCACCAAGACGGCAGACAAUGACGAUGGCACCGCCAGAGAGCAGUAUAGGGUCUAUUACGCCUCCUGCUUCAACGCCACAGAGUUCUGCAAAACAGCAAUCACAUUGCCCACCCUCGAGGUUUCCCCAUCUAUCUACUACUUCACUACAAGAGGCUUUACUGCCACGACGGCGUCAGCGCCGUAAAGGCCUAGCUAAUCGGAGAAGCAAACGCCCUAAAGCUGGAGCUAAGGAUUAUGUGCUCUCUGCUCCGGGGUCGGAAGAUGAACUCAACUACACCGGAGGGCAGCAGGCCUCGGAGGAGGAUACACCAAGUCAACAAAAGAGUGCGAAACGAUCACAGGGCCAGGCCAAGUUCAAGAUGCGAGAGAAGGCACAGAACACAACACAGCCGAAGAAAGGUCGUGGUAAAGCUGCAGCAACAACAUCACAUCCAACCAAAAGAACAACGCCCAAGAAGACAUACUCACGCCUCAGCAAGACGGACGGAGAUGCAGACUGGGAUAAAGAGAACCUCCCUGACGAGCUAGAGGUAUCUUCCGAUAGAGAUAUAGUAGCUCCUAUCGUAAGCGAGGAGCUACUGCUCCAGAAAAAGAAAUUUGCCGAGAUUGAUGAGUGGUCAAUCGACUUUGAAGAGGUUCUCGACGACGAGGUCGAGCUAUAUUAG